AUGUCCCUCUCUUCUGAACUGGCUGCAGCUAUCGAAGAGCAAGACCUUUCUCCAGACAAGAGGCCUAAUGUCCUAGUCCCACAAGGUGAUGAUCCCAUCACGUUGACACAAAGAAUGCUCUCGGCCUGCUCGGGCUCAGUGCUGACGUCGUUAUUGGUCACUCCCUUCGACGUUGUAAGGAUACGAUUACAGCAGCAGGUGCUGUUGGCCCCACCUGUUGAUUGUUGUCGUCGAGAAGUGUUCUGGAAACACCCCAAUGCUUCAAAUCCUGUGGCUUCGUGUGCGACCACAGAGGUUCCCUGCUCAACAAAGCCGUUAGGUGGGACUGUAUCGGCGCUCUUCACCAUUGGCAGAAACGAAGGGUUUGCCACCUUGUGGCGUGGCCUAUCGCUGACGCUGUUGAUGGCUGCGCCGGCAAACAUCAUCUACUUUACAGGCUACGAGCUGCUGAGAGAUUCCUCGCCUAUUGCUCAUAUGACAUGGCUGAACCCGUUGCUCUGUGGGUCCAUCGCCAGGUCGAUAGCAGGGACGUGUAUAGCACCACUGGAGCUGUUGAAGACCAGAUUACAGAGCAUCCCCAGCGCAGAGAGGAAGUUGGCAUCGUUGGUUGAUGAUCUACGUAUCGAUGUGGCCAAGAAGGGCCCCAGAGUGCUAUUCAGGGGACUGGCACUGACGCUAUGGAGGGACGUGCCGUUCAGUGGAAUCUACUGGUCCUCCUAUGAGUAUUUCAAACAUAUGCUUGCAUCGAACCCAAGUUGGCAUUUCACACAGAGUAACGACACCAAUCUGUUCCUUCACUCCUUCAUCAGUGGGAGCAUCAGUGGAAGCAUCGCUGCGUUUGCUACAAAUCCGUUCGAUGUUGGCAAGACAAGGCUUCAAAUCUCCAGCGAAUCGAAGUCCACAGGGUUCAAAGAGAAGAAGCUGGCCAAGUUCAUGUCGGAUAUCGUCAAGUACGAAGGUGUAGGUGCGCUCUACGUUGGGCUGAUACCUCGUCUCUUAAAGGUUGCUCCUUCAUGUGCCAUCAUGAUUUCAAGCUACGAACUGGGUAAGAAGUUCUUCUCAUCAUCAUCAUGA